CCUCUCGGACGUUAGCGGCCGUGACCCCGCGGCUCGGUUUUGUUUCGUGCGUCCGUCCCGCUUUGUACGGCCGCUGUUAAUUUUGUAAUAAGACGCGCCGCGAGCGCUCCCUCGGUGCCAUGCACAAAGCCUUAAGCGGUGACUUAGGAUCGCAGCAUCGUCGCGGCUGGUGGAUCUCGCCCGCUCCCAUCCCCGGCCCGGCCCCUCGCAUCUCGCCGCCGCUCUGCUCUCCGCCGUGCGGGGCUGGAGCCGAGCUCGGGACGGGGCAGCGCUUCGCCGCCUUACCCGAACCGCUGACGUCUGAUUUCCUUCUCAGUGUGUUGAGGAAAAGUCUGCAGACGCGAAAGUGCAGAGAUAACACCUGAAGCACAAACCGUGUCCGUUCAUUUUCGGAAUGUUGUAGGAACAGAACUCGUAUGUACGUAUCUGUAGGAUAAAGGAAAAGGAAAUGCGGCUGAUAUCUGUAGCUUUAAUACUUCUUUGUCAGAGAUCAAAUUAGACAGCGAUGUAAUUUGAAAAAGUGUAUCUGGUGUAUUCUUUCUGAUGCUGGUACCUGCCUGCCACUGUGUUCUAUUGGUAUGUAAAAAUGGAGCCCUGGGCGGCCCAGUGAAAUGGAUUGUAAGGUUUGCCUCAUUGGUCAUUGCGGUGCUCCCGGGUUGUGUGGAAUAAUGUUCUUCCCUUUUCAUUGCCAUUUUGAUUCUGUUUCUUGUCCCUCAAAUAGGUUUUAAAUAUGUUGUUGAAACUUUUUCCCUUUCAAUCAGAAAAAAAGAUGUCACUGGUAUCUGCAGUUUGAAGACUGGAUCUUAUCUGAAAGUCACUGAUCCCAGGCGCUGCCACCUUAGUCUUCCCAUAGGACAAGGAUGCCUUCGAUUCUCAAUAUGAACAAUGACCAUAGAUAACAAGCCAAAAUCUUCAAAGGCCAAAAAGUCCUCAUCGAGACAAUCCGGUAAACCCAGGAAACCCCGUACUAAAACUAUGAAGUCACGCACUGCAAAAAACCAAAACCAGGUCUCUGAGAACGAAGGACGUGGAGGUGCUAUUUAUUGUAAAUCAUCUGAAAAAGUUAGACCUUUUUCCGUUGAAGAUUUAAUCAUCAAUGAUGGAAUUGCUCCACCAGAAAGGAUUCUUUUUCCACCUGAGAAGAUUUGUAUGGAUUGGCAACAAACACAAAAUGGAGUUGGAGUUGGACUCUACAAUCUUGGCAAUACGUGUUUUAUUAAUUCUAUUCUACAGUGUUUGACCUACACACCCCCACUCGCCAACUACAUGCUUUCCCUUGAGCAUACCCAGUCGUGUAAUUGUCAAGGCUUCUGCAUGAUGUGCAGUAUGGAAACUCACAUUAACCGAGUCCUGUGUUGUGCUCUUGAUGCCAUCAAGCCUGUAGUUAUUGUCCAUGAACUUAAAAGAAUAGCAAAACAUUUCCACUAUGGUGCUCAGGAAGAUGCGCACGAGUUCUUACGCUUCACUGUUGAUGCUAUGCAGGAAGCGUGUUUGGAUGGAUGCCCCAUACUAGACAGAUCUUCUCAAGCAACCACCAUCAUUCAUCAAAUAUUUGGAGGAUUUCUAAGAUCCAGAGUAAAGUGCUUGAACUGCAAAGCAGUUUCGGAUACAUAUGAGCCAUACCUUGAUAUACCUCUGGAUAUACAGCACAUUUCUUCUGUUAUCGAAGCUCUAGAACAAUUUGUGAAACCCGAACAGCUGGAUGGAGACAAUUGCUAUAAGUGCAGCAAAUGCAAGAAGAUGGUGCCAGCAACAAAGAGAUUUACAAUACAUCGUUCUUCCAAUAUUCUCACGCUAUCACUGAAAAGAUUUGCAGAUUUCACGGGCGUGAAGGAGACCAAGGAUGUUGAAUAUCCUGAGUAUUUUGACCUUGGAGCUUAUAUGUCUCAACCAGAUGGAGAACCACUCAUUUAUGCCUUAUAUGCAGUUGUGGUUCACAGCGGCGCCAGUUCUCAGACAGGACACUACUUCUGCUUCAUAAAGGCUGCUGAUGGAUUUUGGUAUCAGAUGAAUGAUUCUGCAGUAGUGCGAAGUAACAUCGAAACAGUCCUUGCUCAGCAAGCUUAUUUACUAUUUUAUACCAGGUGCUACGAUUUCACACUUGGAGAACGUACUCUUUACUUGCCGCCUCAUCCCAGUUCACUCGUCGGUCAAAAGGAGACUAAUCGUAAGCAGGACAGCUUUAUGGGACCACGACUUCCUCCUAAUAUGAUUAAGAAUUCAAGUCGCUUAAAUGGAAAGAUACCUUCAAAAGACGAACCCAAUACCGUAGGUCUCAUCUUAAAAAGGCCAUCUUCAGCUCCACCCAUAGCUUGUGCUGAAAACUGGACAAUGGUCAGGCCUUCAAUCAUCAACCCAUCAAUAGAUCAGACGCUCGUUAUCGGUCUUAAUAACAAAUUGCCUGAACGUGAUACACUGUCAGAGCCUGACUGUCUUCUUGCUCUGGAGGAGGAUGAGACUAUAUCUAUUCCUUCAUCCACAGAUACAAAUCGUGCAGCAGAGUCUACCUCAAAUACACCUACAAUGUUAGCUGCUGCUAAUAUUUUCGAACAAGAUGUUCUGGAUGACAUUUUCACUGAGCCAGUGGUGAAUGGAAUUCCUGAACUCUGCUCUGAUAACGCAGUCUUUUAUUGUACAGAAUUUUUAAGAAAACCUGAGGAGGAGAAGAAGUCAUCAGAGGACUUACGUACAAGGAAUGACAAAAUAAUAUCUCCCAAGGGAAUUUCGUUUGAAAAGGUCUGUACAUUGCAGGAUUCCCAUUCUUCCUGUCAGAAUGCUGAAGAGGAAAGAUCCCAGCAUGAGCUGCCAAAAAAUGAUUCACUAAGUGGUGCUAAUAGUUUAGAUAAUGAACCUAAAGAAAAUGGACUGAAACUUGAUGAUUCCAGUUGCCAAGUCCCAUCUGCUAAACCUUCAAAAAUGUUAUUUUCUAAAACCAAUGGAGUGCUUAAAACAAUGCCUGUAACUUUGUAUCCAGCCUCUCGAGAAAUGCUAAAUUCCUUUAAAUACGGCCAGUUGAACAGCUUGUCAGAGGAAAUAAGUGUCCCUGGACCUCAGAAAUCUUCUGAGAACAAUUGUCUUAUGGAAACAGGAAUGAUGAAUGCGCUGUUGGUCUAUGAAGAAUUCCAAAAACUUCCUUCCGUCUUGAACUAUGACGGUGCGGAUCUUUUUAUUCAAUCGGAUACUGAAAUUAGUUCUGCCAAAGAAGAAGUUGCCGAAAGUAUUGUAACAAAAGCUGAUAAUGCACAACCCAAUGUCAGUGGUCAGCACGAGGUUAGGAGAGGAUCCUUGGACACUUUAGAUGAAUUCCUUUUAAAUUUUGAGCCUGAAGACAGUGGUGACAAAGACGAACUUUUAAGAUCAGAAGAACUUGAUCUCAUUGCAAAAGAAAAUCCUUUGUAUAGUGAAGUGUCUCCUGAGACUGAAGAGGAAUUAGGACAGGCUUCCUCUAUAAAGUCUGAUUUUGAAUGUAGUUCUAAAGGACCACCGUGUCUAGGUACUGGAGAUAAAUGCCAAGAUACAAAGGACAUAUCUAAUAACUAUGUAGACGUACCACCUGUUAAUGACUCUUCUGUUACAAAGCUGGAUAAAGUUUUGGAGAGUCAAUUUUCUAGAGAAAACAAGGGGCCGACUAAUAGGAAUUAUGAAGAAAAUAAGCAUAAGAAAAAAGGUAAAAAGUUACAUGAUUCUAAAACAACUGACAAAGGGCACUACAGAAGAAAAAAAGAACACUCUGAUACAGAAGAGAGGGAGAAGCAAAAGAGCAAACGGGGUGGUCAUUUCCACAGAAGGAGGUGCUCUCGUAGUGUGGAAACAAAUAAGCAAAGUCGUCACAAGCAGGAGUAUUGGAAUGGAAACAGAUACAGAUCUUCCCAUACUGAAAGAAACAGCCCUGAUGUCAGCAGAAGCUCAGGGAAAUAUUGUCAUUACAGAUCUCAAAGCAGAGGACGUGAACAAGAUAGGAGUAGAUAUUACUGUUCCAAAGAGGAGAGAACUUGGAACAGAGAAAGAUACUAUCAAGAUGAAUCCUGGAGAUGGCAAAAAUGCAGACACUACAAUGAUUACUAUUAUUCUCAUGCAAAAGGAGAUAGUCGAGAAAGAAAGUUCUCCCAUUACAAUAAAGAUUAUGACAAAUCAAGUCAUGCUUGCACCAGGCCACAUAAGGAUUAUCAUUACAAAAGCAGACGGCCUCACAACUCACUCUCUAGAGAGAAGGAUGUACGUCACUUUAGCAGUCACAGAGCACACUCACAACACUGUUCACUAGCCUGGCAGCAACCUGAAAAGUAUUCUCAUGAAAGACAUAUACUUCCAUCUGUUCCAUCAACUCAUUUAAAUCGUGGGGACUUCUCCCCCAAAAAUGAAAAACGAAAUGACUGGAAAAGAAAAUAUGCAGAAAGUAGUGAAAGUGAAACAGAAAGGAAAAGCAGAAAGGUAGAAAAAGAGGUUUUGGAUGAGCAAAAGAUGGAAAAAUUCAAGAAAGCCAAGAAGAAGUCCAAAGAUAAACAUCGAGAGAAGGAUUACAAACAUUAUGAUUCGGAUUCCUCUGUGCUCCACUUUGACAAUGACAAUCGCAAACAUAAGAAAAAAAAGAAAAAGAAGAAACACACCAGGAAGGAGAAAGGCAUCUUGGAAAGCUCGGAUCUUCGUUUCCAGAAGCAAGCAUGGGAGAAGGAAGAAUCUCACUCUCCUGGUGACUGUUUACGUGAGCAAUACGGAAAUGAUGGCAGUAGACAACCUGACAAGGAAGGCAUGCAUUCCUGUGGGAGCAAAAUCAAGAACUAGAUCUCCAUUGCAUCCAAUGAGAAUAUUAAAGAUGCAAAUUACUAAUUGAAGCCUUCAAUACUCAAACAAAAACAACCAUCAAAGCCAACAACUUUUCAACAAAAACGAACACUUCACAUCAUCAGAAUCGACUGCUUUAGACAUCUCAUCGCUGCAAUCAGUGAGUUUACCCAUCAACCAAAACAACACUUUUUAGCCAUCAACACUUUAGACAUCUCAAUGCUUCCAUCCGUGACUUUAACUAUCAAGCAAAACCAACACUUCUUAGCCAUCAUACUUUAGCCAUCCCAACACUCCCAUCAGUGACUUUACCUAUCAGUCAAAACCAACACCUUUCAGCCAUCAAUACUUUAGACAUUCCAACAUUAUUAUGAGUGACUUUACCUAUCAAUCAAAACCAACACCUUUUAGCCAGCAAUACUUCAGCCAUUCCAGUGCUCCCAUUAGUGACUUUAACUAUCAAUCAAAACCAACACCCUUUAGCCAUCAAUACUUUAGCAAUCCAAACACUCCCAUCAGUGACAUUAAAUAUCAAUUAAAAUGCACAACUUUUAGCCAUCAAUACUUUAGCCAUCCCAACACUCACAUCAGUAUCUUGAACUCAGUCAAAAAUAGCACCUUGUAGUCAUCAAUAUUUAGCCAUGACAGUACUCCGAUCAGUGACUUUAACCACCAGUCAAAACCUGCACAUUUUAGCCAGCAAAAGUUUAGCCAUUCCAGUAUUCCCAUCAGUGACUUUAACUAUCAGUAAAAAGCAACGGCAUUUAGCCAUCAAUACUUUAACCAUCCCAAUACUCCCAUGAGUGACAUUAAGUAUCAAUGGAAACCAACACCAUUUGGCCAUCAAUACUUCAGACAUCCCAUUGCUGCCAUCUGUGACAUUAACCAUUAACCUUUCAGCAUCGUUACAGUAACCAUCCCAGCGGUCCCAUCAGUGACCACUGUGACAGUGACAGUAACCAUCAAAGCCAACACAGUGUAGCUAUCAAUAUUCUAGCCAUAACAACACCCUAAUCAGUGACUUCAACCAUCACUCACAACCAAGACCUUUUAGCCAUCCAUACUUCAGACAUUCCAAUGUUCCCAUCUAUGACACUAACCAUCAAUAAAAACCAACAACUUUUAGCCCUCAAUAGUUAAACCGUCCCACGACUCACAUUAGUGACUUGAAUGAUCAAUUAAAACCCAGUGCUCCCAAUCUGUGACUUUAACUAACCAUCAAAACCAACAACUUUUAGCCAUCAGAUCUUCAGCCAUGCCAGCUUUCCCAUCAGUGACCAUCAGUCACAACCAAGACCUUUUAUCCAUCAGAUCUUCAGCUAUGCCAGCCUUCCCAUCAGUGACUAUAACCAUCACUCACAACCAACACCUUUUAGCCAUCAGAUCUUCACCCAUGCCAGCUCUCCCAUCAGUGACAUUUACCGUCAGUCACAACCAACACCUUUUAGCCAUCAGUUCUUCACCCACGCCAGCCCUCCCAUCAGUGACAUUUUCCAUCAGUCCUAAGGAACACCAUUUAACCAGCAAUUAUUUAGUAACGCCAUCCCUCCCAUCAGUGACUUUAACCAUCAGUCACAACCAACAGCUUUAAGCCAUCAGAACAUCAGCUAUGCCUGCUCUCUCAUCAGUGACAUUAACCAUCAGUCACAACAAAAACCAUAAUGCCAGCCAUACAUUAGCCACGCCAGCCCUCCCAUCAGUGACUUUUAACCAUCAGUCAUAAGGAACACCAUUUACCAGCAAUACUUUAGGGCUGCCAACCCUCCCAUCAGUGACUUUAACCAUCAGUCACAACAAACAUUUUUAAGCCAUCAGUAUAUCAGCCAUGCCAGCUCUCCCAUCAGUGACAUUUACCUUCAGUCACAACCAACACCUUUUAGACAUCAGUACCUCAGUCCUGCCAGCCCUCCCAUCAGUGAUUUUAACCAUCAGUUAAAGUCACAACACACUUUUUAUCACAACAAACGCCUUAAAGCACGACAUACUUUAGCCAUGCCAGCCCUCCCAUCAGGGGCAUUUACCAUCAUUCAUAAGGAACACCAUUUAAACAGCAAUUAUUUAGCAAUGCCCGCCCUUCCAUCAGUGACUUUAACCAUCAGUCACAACCAACACUUUCUAGCCAUCAGUUCUUCAGCUCUGCCAGCCCUCCCAUCAGUUACUGUAAACAUCAGUCACAACCAACACCUUUCAGUCAUCAAUACUUCAGCCAUUGCAGCCCUGCAAUCACUGACUCUAUCCAUCAGUCCAAAUUAACACCCCUUUGCCUUCAGUUCUUCAGUCUUGGCUGCUCUCUCAUCGAUGACUAUAACCAUCAGUCCAAAUUAACACCUUUCAGCCAUCAGUACCUCAGCCAUGCCAGCCCUCUCAUCAGUGACAAUAACCAUCUAUCCAAUCUAACACCUUUUAAUCAGCAGUUCUUUAGCCAUCCUAUUGCUCCCAUCUGUGACAUUAACCGUCUAUCAAAAGCAGCACCUUUUAGCCAGUGUAAAGUUUGGACAUCCAUACACUCCCAUCAGUGACUUGUACUAUCUAUCAAAAGCAACACCGUUUAGCCAUUAAUACUUUAGCCAUUCCAAAACUCCCAUCACUGACUUUCAACAUCAAUCAAAACUAACACCUUCUAGCCAUCAGUACUUUAGCCAUCCCACUGUUUUCGUUAGUGAUUUUAACCAUCAAUUAUAACCCAGUGCUCCCAUAAGUUACUUUAACUGACCAUCAAAACCAACGCCUUUUAGGCAGCAGUACUUAAGCCAUAUCAGCCCUCCCAUCAGUGACUAUAACCAUCAGUCCAAACCAACACCUUUUAGCCCGCAAAGGUUUAGCAAUCCCAACACUGCCAUCAGUUACUUUUACCGUCACUCAAAGCCUACACUUUCUAGCCAUCAGUACUUUAACCACGCCAGUUCUCCCGUCAGUGACUAUAACCAUAAGUCAAAUCCAACACCUUUUAGGCAUCAACACUUUAGCUGUCCCAACACUCCCAUCUGUGAAUUUAGCCAUUAGAACCAACACCUUUUAGCCAUCAACACUUUAGCUGUCCCUGCACUCACGUCAGUGACUUUAGCCAUCAACCCAAACCAACACCUUUUAGCAGUCGACACGUUAGCCAUCCCAGCAUUCCUCGCAGUGAGUUUUAGUAUCAUUCAGAACCAACACCUUUUCACCAUCAAUACUUUUGCACUCCCAAUGCUCCCAUCAGUGACAUUAACUAUCAGUCAAGAGCAAGAUGUUUUAGCCAUCUAUACCAACAACUCAACAUUAUGAAAAUACAUUAACCAUCGAAACAUCUAAAUGGCAACAUUACCAUGGAAACAAAACCUAAUCAUAAGUGGUGCUUCGGAUUUCUGUGAAGAAUUUUACCAUGAAAGAACUUUGUUCUUAGUUUUUAAACUUGAGACUUUCUUUUUUACAAUGUACUUCUAAUCCAAAAGAGUGGAAACUUUCUACAACUGCUGAACAUUGUGAAUUUCCAUGUGAAUAUCUCACUGAAACUAAUGCCCUGGAAUUGAACAUCUCAAAUGCUGCUUAAUUACAUACUCAGGUUGAUUGUGUGUUAUUCAUGUAAUUGUUACUCCAAGUUCGACAUCUGGUUCAAGAGCAACCAGGAAAACCACAGGAUUAUAAAAUCUGCAACUGACAGUCUGUGUAUUUUAUUUGAAGACUUAUUUAAGAUUUCACAAGCUCUCCAACAACUACAGAGCUCUGCAAGAUCUUCGUCCGUUUUCUAUGACAUCUGACACUAGAAACUAAUUUACUUCACAUCUUAUUUACUCUCAAGAUUGAAGAACAUGUUCUGGUUUUCAGCGGGCGGAACAUAAUGAUCAGAAUAUGCAGUGCUGAAUGUAUCUCUCAGACUGUUUAUAUACUCCCAUAUGUUUUUAUUACAUAUGUUUUUACAGCAUCACUUGUCUCACGUCUCAGUUGUUUCGUCUCUAAGGUUUCUAGUUACAGACAAAUUCAUACUGUGAUUUUAUUUUUUAUUAUUAAAUGCUAUCAAACUGUGAUGCACUUAUUAUUCACUGGUCCUGCAUCAGGAGAUGAGUGGGGAACCUGUAUUAAAUACAGUUCAUCUGAAUAAUCUGUCUGGUUUAUACAAGCUGUGUUGUUCAGAGAUGUCUGAAGUAUGAUCUUUGUUUUUUUAAAGAUAAAAAGCACUUGCCCCACUGUAAAUAUAUAGCAUGUAAAAUUUAUAUAGUAUAUAAAUACAGCAAAGUUAAAGUGAAUUUUUACUUGAUUAUUUAACUUGCAAUAUGUCAUGUGAAUUGACAGCUUACCGAGUGUGUUUGAUAAUCAAGAAAUCAGAUCUUCCUUUUGGUGGUAGUGAGAAGAUGCUGUUGUUGUACUCACAGAAGAUGGGGACUUCAGCUGCCUAAACAAGGAUGCAGAAGUCUUUCUUGUUUGAAGUUAGAAGCUUCCAAAGACAGGCAAUAGGUCGAAAGCUCACCAGUAGCUUCCUGCUCUGUGAAGCACUAAGGGAGGAGAGAGGUUAUGUUUUACUAAAUACUUUAAGUAAGUUUUUGGUACAUGGAGAACACCAUAAAGCCAAACCAUAAGUGUACCCUGCAUAAUGUUCCUAUGGCAACAGUUAUGUGAAGUUACAUAAAGUAACGUGACAAAGAAAA